CGUGAAAGUGCGUCCCCGCCCCUGCCCCCUGUUCCGUGCGGAGUCUCUGGGAUCUCUCUCUCUGUCACCUCACAGUAGUCGUUGCCGGUCGCGGGUGCGGGGGCGCGAGCAGCGCAGGGCCGCCUCUCCCCCGCCCUCAGGCCGGGCCCCGGCUCGGUCCCCCGUUCCCUCCUCUCCCCACCCCGGUCGGGUACCGGAAGGUCCAAGCCGCUGCCGGGUGCCCGAGGGCCAUCGUGGCCGCCGCCACGGGUCCCGAUGGAGCCGCCGAAUCUCUAUCCGGUGAAGCUCUACGUGUACGACCUGUCCAAGGGCCUGGCCCGCCGGCUCAGCCCCAUCAUGCUGGGGAAACAACUGGAAGGCAUCUGGCACACCUCUAUAGUUGUACACAAGGAUGAGUUCUUCUUCGGCAGCGGCGGUAUUUCCAGCUGUACCCCGGGAGGGACAUUGCUUGGGCCCCCAGACUCUGUGGUUGAUGUGGGGAACACAGAAGUCACAGAAGAAAUCUUUCUGGAAUACCUGUCCUCCCUGGGGGAGUCUCUGUUCCGAGGAGAAGCCUACAACCUCUUUGAACACAACUGUAACACCUUUAGCAAUGAAGUGGCGCAGUUCCUGACUGGGCGGAAGAUCCCUUCUUACAUCACCGACUUGCCCUCAGAAGUUCUCUCCACGCCCUUUGGACAAGCACUUCGGCCCUUCCUGGACUCCAUCCAGAUCCAGCCUCCAGGAGGGAACUCUGUGGGCAGACCCAAUGGCCAAAGCUAACAGGACUGCACGGGACCGCCCUCCUCUCCAGGGCUUUUCCUUUUUAAACAAAACAAACCCUACCAGAUUUCUAUUUUAUAAUUUUACAUCAGAGCUAACAGGGACGGCUUUUUAAAUUUCCCAGGGAAGGAGCUCAUCGGGUGCAUGUAGGACAGUGCUCCUGAGAGAACAAAUGCCGUCCCUUCUAAUAGUAUUAUACUAAUUUAUUAAGGCUGUCUUGUCUGUGAGUUCACUUUUGACGCUGUUGCCUAAGCGUCCUCUACACUGGAGAGAGAGGGUGCUUGCUUAAAGAGAAAGCAAGAGUCACAGUCUGGGAGAAGCCCAUCUUGGACCCUCUUUCCAGAGAACACCCACAUUCCACCCAGGUUGCCACACCUGUGGGACCCAGGUGAGUUUUAUGCUGUCCGCUCCCCUGGGGCAGUCACCCUCUAGCAGUAACUGAACCAAAGGACUUGGAGGACACGGGGGCCAGCUGUAGGCUUCUAACUCAACCUAAGUGAACUCUUUAACCACACGUUUGCCCCCUCCUCCCGAGACAAGGCCACCUGUCACAGCCGGAGCAGCCGGAGCAUCAGGAUCAAAGGAGACUGGCAGCAGGGGUGAGGCCAGAGAAAACAGGAGAAAGCCAUUCCUCCUCCUGUCUGAGUGCCAAUCCUCGAUGCCCGCCCCUAAGCUGCUCUUCUUCAGCAUAGCUUGACCUGUCACCUUUAAUAAAGGUCUAGGCUCCAGCAGCAGAGACACAGGCCUUCUGUCUGAGAGUAAUUCCGUCAGUUAUUUAUAGUCAACAGAGCCAGCCACUCAAACCAGUAUGGAUUCGUCAGCUAGAUACUAGGGGGACAUGAUUGUUCUCCUGAAUCAUGUCUCUGAUAUAGAAAGAAUACCAUAAUGAUGUAGAUUCAUGGUGGGAAGAAAAUUUACAGUUCUCCCCAGUAGGAACUUUUACACUAUCCCUAAUGUGUCUUGAAUAGACAUUUAUCUCCAUUGUCAUUCUGACCUUACGGGGUGCGGUUGGGGUGAGAAUGGGCGUUUUCCUAAUGAUAUGCUGCUAAGAUUUCAUAGGCAAGAAUAGCCUAGAAGUCUAUGACCUAGACUCUAGAUUCCAGAGGGACCUUAAGGUCCCCUUCCUUGGUGUCAGCCUUCUACUAGCUCAUAUAGGGGACUGGAUAUGGAGAAGGGAACUCAGAGCAGGCACCUGAGACUUGGAUCCACAACCUUGGGGAGUCCCCCACCAUGGUUUCCUGCCACUUCUGAAACUUGAGCCCAAUGUUUCCUUCUAGGGCAGGACUUUCCUCCCUGAAAAGAUCCUAUUGGCUCACACUUGCCCGUACCCUGCUGUCUUUGCCACUAGCCAUAGCAGUAGGCAUCAUAGAGAUCUCUGCCUCAGAGCUGACCUGUUGCCUGACCAGAGCUAUGUCCACCUAGGAUGUCAGGUGAUGUUUUGGAAAUUGAAGGUCACAGUCAAAUGGAUCUCAAGACUCAACAGUGUGCAGGCUUGUGUGGCUGUCACAGGGAUUGUUUAGUGUUGGUCUGUUUUGCAGAAUGUGGCUUAGAAGGUUGAGUGUUCGAAGCUUGGUGUCUGGGAAGGUAGAGGUUGCUGGAAGCCAUCAGUUUUUCAUUUGCCUGGCCCCAUCUGGUAGCAUCUCUGCCCAGAGCUCUCUCCUCUGUCCUCAGGGUACUCUCACAUGGCCAUUCUCUGGUUUCCUCCUCAUAGCAGUAACACAAUAACCAUGAUAUUCUGAGAAGUUUGCUUGAGGAUUUUAGUCACUUAAUUGCUUGAAUUGUCUCCUGUCAUGUCUAGCAGCCAUCCAUGCCAAUGCCUGUGGCAUGGCUAGCAGAGAGAUAGGAAGACUGGACAGUCUCUCUGAUCUCAGCUGGAAGGCAAGCUCUCCUUCCCCUGUGCAAGUCCCACUGUCACCAGAAUCCCAGACCAGGAACCCAACGUCCCACCUUUACAUUUCUCUGUCCCAGUAUCUCAGGAGCCCUGUUCAUGACCAGGCAACUCCACCUGGGCAUGUACAAGCGAGCUGAGAGGAAGAACAAUUGUGUGGCUCAUGUCACAUAAUAGACACCCCUGUCCACUGGUUAGUUGGUCAAGGGAUAAGGGAAUGGAGGCAUGAGACCAUCAUCCUCUCCUAGACUGGUGUGUUUCUUUGAGAUUCCUCCAUGACUUCCUUGAAGUCAGACUAAUUAUGUCUAAUACGGAGGUGUUUGCUGGUUUUCAUUGGUGUUUUUUUCUAAUACAAUAAAUUCAUUUCUGCCUGCU